GAAGGGUGGCUGCCGGCCUGUGGUGGAAGCGUGGCUGUCUGGGAGAGGUGGAAGGCCAGUUCUGUUGCCAACACUUGCUUCGGCGGGGCAUAGGCGUUGCUGCUAUGAGGCUGAAUGAGAACACCAUGCUUCUGGGAAAGAGGGUAGUCCUGGUACCCUACACGUCUGAGCAUGUGCCUAGGUACCAUGAAUGGAUGCAGUCAGAGGAACUGCAGCGUGUGACUGCCUCUGAGCCACUGACCUUGGAGCAAGAGUGGAUGCAGCGCAGUUGGCGGGAAGACACGGACAAGUGUACCUUCAUUGUGCUGGAUGCGGAGAAGUGGCGGGCCGGGCCAAGCCCCUCUGAAGAAAGCUGUAUGACCGGAGACGUGAACCUCUUCCUCACGGACCUAGAGGAUCCCACCUUGGGGGAGAUUGAGGUCAUGAUUGCAGAGCCCAGCUGCAGGGGCCGGGGUUUGGGCACAGAGGCUGCUCUUCUAAUGAUGUCCUAUGGAGUGACCAAACUAGGUCUCACCACGUUUGAGGCUAAAAUUGGGCAAGGAAAUGAACCCAGCAUCCGGAUGUUCCAGAAGCUUCACUUUGAGCAGGUGGCUGUGAGCAGCGUCUUCCAGGAGGUGACACUCAGACUGACAAUGACCGAGCCUGAGCGGCAGUGGCUUCUGGAGAAGACCAGCUACGUGGAAGAGAAGCCUUAUAGAGAUGAGCUGGCAGAGCCCCGCUGACAGCCAUCCAUGAGAGUGGGGUAUGGAAGCCACUAUUCCAAAGACCAGGGCCUGCAUGAGGGUUCUAUUCUGGUGUCUUUGGUCCUGCGGCAAGCUGGCAGUCACCUCUCUGGGCUUUUCCAGGGCAAUCUCUGCCUGGCAGUACUGAGCAACUCACUUCUAGAUGGGACUCAAGACUCACUGGGGUGGAUGGCAGGAAUCCAUCCAGACCAUCAGGGUGGAAGGGGGAGUGGGAGGGGCUGGGGAACAAUGGAGCAAGCCUUUCUAUAGGGAUGUCCUGGCUGAGUAAAGCACUUA